UUGUGCUUUAGAUUGGCAGAUUCUAUUGCUCUGAGUCCAGACUAAAAAAACCCUAAAGUUGACACAUAAGUUCUUGUUAGGGUUUAGUUCAACAGUACAACAACUCUUUGAUUUUUAAUAUUUUUUUGGAUAAUUGAUUUGUGAUGGGUUUGUUUGAUCACACUGGCUUGCCUUUGGAGGAGACCCUUGUGUAGAAAAGUGGCAAGGUGUGGUCUGUGAUUCCUCAAACAUCACAGAAAUAAGGAUACCUGGCAUGAAGGUGGGUGGAGGCUUAAGUGACACCUUGGCUGAUUUUUCAUCAAUCCAACUGGUGUCGGCUGCUCUGCAUAUAUAAAGACACUCUCAGAUCAUCAAUAAGGUGAGAGAGGCAAGAAAGAUACAAUGUUGAAAAGAAGACAUGGCUCAAUUUUGAAAAGACAUGGCUCUGAUAAGAGAAGACGUGGCUCCAGCUCGAGUGUGGAAUUGGAAGUGCUACCACACGAUGUGAUAGAGCUCAUACUCGAGAGACUUCCCGUGGAAUCUCUGCGGAGAUUCAGGUCUGUGUCCAAGAAGUGGAUAUCCACAAUCGAUUCCCCUCGUUUCCAGUCAAGGCAGCUGAACCUUCGCAGGCAAUCACGAGGUCAUGAUCUCCUUUUUGUAGCCUAUUACGAGGAUCCUCCUGAUAAUGUAGCUCAACAUGCCUUGGGCUCUUCUUCUUCUUGCAGAUACCGUACUGUCAAGUUCCCUUUUCCGAACCUCUUGCUUUGCUAUGGUAGUUGCGACGGUCUGGUUUGCCUCUUCUGUAUUGACACACCCAACGUCGUGGUGAAUCCCGCCACUCGAUGGCAUCGAAGUUUUCCUUUUUCCUCCCUGCAACGUCGUAUCAUCGACAAAGGACCGCCCUUUGGCAGCAACCCAAUUUAUGAGCUUGGAUUUGGUAAAGACAAGUUGAGUGGUACUUACAAGCCUGUUUGGUUGUAUAAUAAUUCAUCCAAAUUCGGACUAGACAAUGUUACCACUUGUGAAGUUUUCGACUUUAGCACCCACUCCUGGAGGAACCUUGUCCCUUCUUCUCCUUAUCCUAUUCUCAGAUUCCAGAAGCCAGUCUAUUUUGACGGGUCACUCUAUUGGCUCACCGACUGUGUAGAAGAAACAAAGGUUUUGUCUUUCGAUCUCCACGCUGAAACUUUCCAAGUCAUCUGUAAAGCUCCCUUUGCUGAUGAUGCACCUCGCCCAAGUAAUGUAGUCUUGUUCAUCCUUGAUGACUGUUUGUGCGCUUCCGAGAAAACGUGGCCAACGCAAGUCAUAUGGUCCUUGGAUUCUUCUUCAAAGACAUGGAAGCAAAUGUGUUCUAUAGAUCUCACCAAUACUUUUCCUUUGUUCGACAGAUACGGUCUCAUGCCCUUACCCGUAGCAAUCCUGGAGAAGAACAAGUUAUAUCUCCAUGGUCGUAACUACUUGGAACCACUCAUGCUACAUGAUCUCAAUACCAAAUCUUUUGAGGUAGUCUCCACACCUACCACCCCCGGAGAUUGUAUUUAUUAUUUCGAAAGUUUGUUCUCUGUUUAAUUUUUCAUGUUUCCUUAUUUAUGUAUCAAUCAACCAUUUGUAACUUUUCACAAUUUAAUGUCAUGCUGUAAUCAGCUUUUGGUU